CACUGGCAUGGCGCUGUGGACCAAGGCAGGAGUGUGGAUGGCAGGGCCACAGCUGGCCCUGUGCUGGGCACGGACACUGGGCACCAGAGCAGCUACGGCCCCCAAGGCAGUGCUGCCCUUCGAGGCCAUACCCAGGUGUCCGGGCAACAGGUGGCUGAGGCUGCUGCACAUCUGGAAGGAGCAGGGCUUCGAGGACCUCCACCUGCAGAUGCAGCAGAUCUUCCAGGAGCUGGGGCCCAUUUUCAGGUACGAUGUGGGAGGGAAACACAUCGUGCUCCUGAUGUCGCCCGAGGAUGUGGAGAGGCUGAAGCAGGCGGACGGCUACCUACCCCAUCGGACGGCCAUGGAUCCCUGGCUGGCACACCGGCAGCACUACGGGCACAAAUGUGGCGUGUUCUUGCUAAAUGGGCCCGAAUGGCGCUCGGAUCGACUGCGGCUGAACCCAGACGUGCUGUCGCUGCAGGCCGUCCAGAAGUACCUUCCCAUGGUAGACAGCGUGGCGAGGGACUUCACCAAGGCCCUGCUGUCCAAGGUGCUGCAGAACCCCCGGGGGAGCCUGACCCUGGACAUCCAGUCCAGCAUCUUCUACUACACCAUAGAAGCCAGCAACUUGGCCCUUUUUGGAGAGCGGCUGGGUCUCCUGAACCACAGCCCGAGUCCAACCAGCCUGGCCUUCAUCCACGCCCUGGACAGCAUGUUGAAGACCACCGUGCAGCUUAUGUUCAUGCCCAGGAGCCUGUCCCGCUGGACGAGCCCCAGGGUGUGGAGGGAGCACUUUGAGGCGUGGGACUACAUCUUCCAGUAUGCCAACAAUUCCAUCCAGAAAAUCUACCAGGAGCUGGCCCUCGGCCGCCCACAGCACUACAGCGGCAUUGUGGCCGAGCUGCUCCUGAAUGCAGACAUGACCCUGGACUCCAUCAGAGCCAGCUCCAUCGACCUCACUGCCGGGAGCGUGGACACGACGGCCUAUCCCUUGUUGAUGACCCUCUUUGAGCUGGCUCGGAACCCUGAAGUGCAGCAGGCCCUACGUCAGGAGAGCCUGCUGGCUGACGCCAAGAUCUCUGAAAAUCCCCAGAGGGCAACCACAGAGCUGCCCCUGUUGCGGGCUGCCCUCAAGGAGACCCUAAGAUCCCCUCAUGAGGAAAAGACUUGGCACGCUCCUCACCACUCCAGCCCGCCCACAGCAGAGGAGACCUGCUGCCAGGGGUGUGGUGUCUCGGCCCCGGUGCUGAAAAACUUCCAGGUGGAAACGCUAACGCAAGACGAUAUAAAGAUGAUCUACCGGUUCAUACUGAUGCCCUCCACCCUCCCACUCCUUACUUUGCGGGCCAUCAAUUAGUCAUAUCACCGCACUGCUGGGCCAGCCACGCCACCGUCCAUCCGCCAACCCCUUCUGCCUGACCCCGGGUCACCCGUUUUCUCCAAUGGUCCCUGCUUCCUGAGCCACGUCACAGUCCAGCCGGCACCUUGCACAAAUAGAACAGCCCAGGGCCUCAGACGUCAGGCCUUGCCAGGCUAUGCAGCAAGGACAGGGCAGAGCUAGGGAUGAGGCGGGUCCUGGUUAUGUGCCCAGUCCCUUCUCUAGCAAGGAACACCAGCUGAGAGCCUAUGAACAAGGGGUUGUCACCCCAGCAUGCUCCAGGCCUGUCAUGAGUCCAUCUAAGGGGCUUCUGACCCUGUCCCCUGCCUCUCUGUCCAGUCUCAUAUGCUCUCUGUACUCAGCUCUUCCCCCAUGCGAGAGACGGUACUUUAGGUCCCCUGUCCCGCUCGUUGCUGUUGCAAACGCUGCACUCCUUGUCUGCAAUGCCCGUGCCUAGAGUUGACCUUCAAGCUGGGCUAUUUAUCCACUGCUUGUUCCACUCAGCCCACGCGGGCUCCUCCUGGCAGUGCCAGUUCUCUGUGAUUGUGGCUCAAUCUCCCAGCCAAGGGCCUGAAUAGACAGGCCAUCAGCAGUGUUUAACAGAAGAAUGGCCACCAGGGAGCCAACUUAGAUAUCUGGGCCAAUGACCCCCGUCUGAAAGCAGAGAGGAUGGUGAACCCCACUGGCUAGCAUCAGGGUGACUACAGAGAAGCUUCCAGAAGAAGAGGAUGGGGCCUCCUUGACCACAUGCAGCCUCACGCUCCCUUUAAUAAAGCCCUUUGUCUAAAGUGCUGACUGCCCCUUCACACUGACCCAUAGGAGAGGGGCCACCCUGACUUCAUGGGUGGAAGAGGCUUUGUACAGCUGAGAGUUAACUGGGGUCUCCUAGCUGGCAGGAGCAAGCAGUCUGUCCCACACCAUGUAGGGCCCGGUGACACCUCCACACACACGUAGGAAGGGAGGCAAGGCUAGGUGGUGGGGAUUCUCCCUCCCCCCCCCCAAUCUCCUCAUCUGGUGAGAACCAAGGUGCUCAGUUCUCACCAAGGCGGUGAGGAGGGGCCAUACUUCUGGCUGCACCAGCCCUGCCGGCACCAAGCCCCCCGUGGCAUCCUGUUUGGCCCUCAGAUCCCCUCAUGAGGAAAAGACUUGGCACGCUCCUCACCACUCCAGCCCGCCCACAGCAGAGGAGACCUGCUGCCAGGGGUGUGGUGUCUCAGCCCCGGUCAGUACUGUUGAAGGGGGUUUGGAGAAUCACGGAGAGGAGCUUCCAGGCUCUGGUCACACAGGCGCAGGCUGGAGCUCUGGCUCAGCCCUUGGUCAGCCCUUAAUCCCUCCAAGCCGCAGCUGCUUCGGAUGACAAUUCUGUGUAAUAAGCUCCGUUCCGCCAGGCCCCACAGGGAUGGCACAGGACUGGUAUGUGGAGAGCUCCCAGCUCUCUGCCGCAGCAGGCACUCAAUUAAAUGGGAAUUUCUUCUCCUGCCUCUCAAAAGUCACCUCAUUAUGUGUGGCCCUGCUCUGUGGUGAGUGGUGACCAGUGAUGGCAGGAAUGGAAUGAAAAUAUAGCGGCUCUGUACUAAAUGUGUGACCAGGGCCAGGGCUCAGCGUGUGACCUGGAGCAGAGGUCAGCUUCCCAAGUUGCUAUCCAAAAGUCAGGUAUUAUUCUCAGUGUCGGUCCUUAGAAGGUGAUCUGUGUUUUUCUUUAUCUAGCCGAUUAAAAGGUUUUUUUGUCUUUGGUUUUCUGCAUGUUCGUGGGUCUGUGUGGAUAUUUAUUUAUUUGCCCUGCUUGGAAUUUGUUGGACUGCUUGAUCUGAGUUUUGAUAUAUAUACUUAAUCAAUUCUGGGGAUGUCAUGGCUAUUAUCAAUUUAAUAUUGCCUCUGUGCCAUUUUGCAACUAUUCGGGGGUCUGUCUCACUCUCUCUGCCAUCUUUCUUAGUGUCUCCUCCAUAUUUUUCACUCUUUCUAUUUUUGAGGCUCGGAUGGCCUCGACAAGGGAAAUCCAUGACAGAUUUUCUGCAGAUCCCUCUGUUUCAUAAGCAGGAAGGCGUUGGGUCACAGUGGGGGCUUGGUGGCGGGAGGGCAGACUCUCCCAUUGGGAUAUCCUGUAGGAGGAAUGGAGACAAAGGAAAAAAAUAGAAAAAAUUCAU